AUGGUCAUCGUCACUUCACCCCUCAUCAGCACCUUUGCAGAAGCUGAGACACAGCGGUUCCGCUCUCAUCAUCGUCCUUCUGCUUCUGCCACCAAAUACAUCGAGCGUCGGUUCAUCCAAGCCUGGAAGAAAGUCACUAGCACCUUCCACAAGCCUGACCAUAGCCUGUCUCUUCCUGAAGGCUUUGUCCUCAUGAAUGCUCGACGUCGCAGCAUGCGCAUUGCCCAUGGAACCGUCCGUCCAUAG